CAGUUGCAGCAGUAUUCAGUUGAAUUAAGUCGAUUAACGCUAACGGAAAUGUCACCAGCCAAGUUGUCAUCAAUCUUUCUUAUCGGCUCCGUCAUGCUGUUCACUGUUCAGGGCAGAUCGUGGUUUGACUUCAGCAGUGAGGACGAUCGCCAGAACGAGAUAAGCGCCGAGGAUUUUGGCCGCAAACUGAUCAUACCCGAUGUGGAGCGCAUAUUCAGCAGUGCCGAGAUCAAGCAGAUAUCCAGAAGCAUUAAAGGCACUAACAAGAUCAAGCGACAAGACUCGGAGACGACGACGAAGAGCUCCAAGCAUGCCCACGGCAUGAUCACGUCCAUGCUCAGUUUUGUCAGCAAUGCCAUGGGCUUUGGUCGAACCUUCUUUAGUAAUGAAUAAUUAAGAGUCG